AUGGCUAAGCGCGGGCCGGCCACGGGGACACUGCUGCCCGGGGUCCUGGUGGCCCUGCUGGUGGCCCUGGUGGGUCGAGGGGCCGCCGCACCCAACGGCACGCGGCCAGCCGAAAUGGGGCGCGGCUGGGAUGGCCUGGUGGCCCGCUCGCUGGCGCGCCUGCCGGUGGCCGCGCAACCCCCGCAGGCGGCGGUCCGCAGCGGCGCAGGGGACUACCUGCUGGGCCUCAAAAGACUGCGGCGGCUCUACUGCAACGUGGGCAUCGGAUUCCACCUGCAGGUGCUGCCCGACGGCCGCAUCGGCGGCGUGCACGCAGACACAGGCGACAGUCUUCUGGAGCUCUCCCCGGUGCAGCGGGGUGUGGUGAGCAUCUUUGGAGUGGCCAGCCGGUUCUUCGUGGCCAUGAGCAGCAGGGGCAAGCUCUUUGGUGUGCCUUUCUUUACCGAUGAGUGUAAAUUCAAAGAGAUUCUUCUGCCCAACAAUUACAACGCUUACGAAUCCUACGCGCACCCCGGCAUGUUCAUGGCCCUCAGUAAGAACGGGCGGACCAAGAAAGGGAACCGAGUGUCACCUACCAUGAAGGUUACCCACUUCCUUCCUCGACUGUGA